UUUAAUUAAGUUUAAAACAAAGUUAGUUUUUAUUUAGUGAUACAAAAUAAAAAUGUUUUACAAUUUUAAAAAAUUAAAUCAAUUUUUUAUAAUAUGUUUGAUUACAAUAACAACAUCAUUGAUAACAUUAUCACUGGGACAGGACAGCCAACGAAAUUAUCGUUUCCGCGACUAUCAGCCCGAACUGCCACAAUCGCGGUCAUCAUUUAAUGGCAACAAAAAUAAUAGUGGGGUUUCGGGAAAUCGGGAGACACUGACACCGGCAAAUGUUGGCCAAUUGAUGCCUAUUUUGUUUCCCAAUUCACCACAAUUGGCUGAAAGAUCGUCGUCAUCCUCAUCAUCAGCAUCAUCGUGGUCGUGGUCAUCGGGAUCGGGAUGUUCGUGCAGUCAAAAUACUAACUGUAACGGUAGACCAGGCAAUUGUUAUACCAACUCUCAUAAUAAAACAUCAUCAAAGCCCGGCAACAACAACACCAACAACACUAACUGUGUUCCCAUUUACUAUCCAAACAACCCGUGCUGUCCUAUUGACUAUCAUUGCCCGCCACCAAAUAAUGGCCAGUAUUGUGUGUUUGGCCAACAAAAAUAUCCGAUCAGCCAAACAACUGUAGUGAACAUCGGUCGCAACAAUCGUACCGAUUGUCGAUGUCUUAAGCCGCCACAGUUGACAUGUAUUGAACGACCAACGGGUAACUGUACGAUAAACAGGUGCCCUCAGGGCUGCCCUCGUCCUCCUGCUGUCCACAAGCCGUGUAAGCCGUACGACUGCUAUACUUCUGGUGGUCCAAAGUGUUCAAACUGUAGGUGCAAUUGA